AGCUCAGGGAAGGUUGAGGCACUUGUCAGACUGUGCCGGCAGUCAAGAGAGCGUGUUGAGUGUUUACCUUCAGUUUCGAGCUGAUGACAGCAUGAACUCCAUCAAAGGCCUGUGCCAUUUUUCUUGUGGGUCUCUCAGGGGUGCUGGAGGAUGUGGCUUUGCCCAUGCAGGAGCUUCCUGCAGGCCUUCCAGCAUGCAUGGAGGCAACACUGCUUAUAUUCCCAUUGCCAUUGGAAGACCAGUCUGGGUGAACUGUGAUGCAGGGACAGGGUGGGCAAGCUCUUGUGAGAAACCUUCGAACAUCUUCCUGGAAAGAAGCGAGAAGCAGACAAUGCAGGAGCUGAAUGACCGCCUGGCGACCUACCUGGAAAGGGUGCGUUCUCUGGAGGAGGCCAACACUCAGCUGGAAGGCUGCAUCCGAGAGUGGCAUGACAAGAGAACCCGUGGCAACCAGUUUGACUUUAAGGAAUAUGAACAAAACAUUGUAGACAUGCAUGAUCAGAUUGAAAAUGGACGGGUUACCAAUGCAGGCAUCGUUCUACAGAUUGACAAUGCUAAAAUGGCAACAGAGGACUUCAGGAUCAAGUAUGAGACAGAAAAAGCACUCCGUCAAAAUGUGCAAAAUGAUGUUGAAAACAUCCGUAAGGAACUUGACAAUAUGACAAUCAUCAUAACUGAUCUGGAGAUGGAGAUUGAAGCUCUGCGGGAAGAUCAUAUUCUCAAGAAGAAAAAGCAUGAAGAGGAUAUGGCAGUGCAUUCCUCUUCCGAUGAACCAAAGGUGGAUGUGAAGGUGAAAACCGAGCCACCAGAAGAUCUGGCCAAGAUUCUGGCAGGGAUAAGACAGGAUUAUGAAGCUAUAAUUGAAAAAAACAGCAAAAGCCUUGAAGUCUGGUUCCAACGGCAGUUUGCAAAUGAGUCAACCGAAGCAAGCCCCAACCAAGAAGAACUACAAAAUGCUCGGAAGGAAAUCACUGAACUGAACCGCACGCUGCAAACCCUGGAAAUUGAUCUACAGACCCAAAUAAACACGAAAUACGCCCUGGAGAACAGCUUACACGAAACCAGAUCUCGCUACUCCUUCCAACUCCAAAGCAUCCAACACCUAAUCUCCAAAUGUGAAGAAGAGCUCCGUGAGCUUCGCCAUGAUAUCAAGCGUCAAAAUAACCAGUACAAAGUCCUCCUGGGAAUUAAAACUCGCCUGGAGAAAGAGAUUUCCACUUAUCGCCAGCUGCUGGAGGGAAGGAUCGAUGGGAUGACAGGCUCGGAGUCAAGUGGUAAAGAACAUGAAGGAUCAACCAGCCAAAAGCUAAAGAAAAUUGUGCGAGACAGUGUGGAUGGGCACGUAGUUGCCACACAUACUGCUGAGAUCAAAAGACAGGUGUGACCUCAUUGGUUUGAAGAAAAGAAAUUCUUCUGUACAGGAAAACCUACAGAAGUCCCAUUAUCUAAUAAACAGAAUUUUCUGUAUUUAAACACCUUUUUUGGGAAUCUAUGUUCAUUAUUAUUUUUGUGCAUUUAUACAUUCCCACAAACUGGAUGUAUUUUAAUUUAAUUUAAUAAGAAUGCAAAUAAUUUAGCAUUGUUCUUUUGGUUCUGCUUUCUUUAAAGACCAUAUAAAUCAAUAAAAAUAUCAUUAAGUUAUUAUUGUUCCUGGUGCCUGGAGUUUAAAUGUAGCAAUAUAUUAACAAAGAAGUGUGUUGAAAUGCUGCACAGCUAUAUAUUUAAAAAUACAGAUAUUUAGUCUAAAGGAAGGGUAUGAUGCCAGCUAGUCACAAUGCUGUAUUAAUGUUUUCAAAUAAAUUCAACAGCAAACAUUUUAAAAAGUGAGUGCAGCUCUGGAGAGUUUAUUAAUCCUGACUUAGCAUGGGUUGUCUGCCAAAAAUAUACUGAAAACCAGCUGGGGGGAAAUUGUUCAUAUCUAUUUGCAAUUAGGUGAACAGACAAUAAUUAAUUGUGAGGGAGUUUUAUUUAUAAUAUACUCUUGUCUUUGUCUCAGUGAGUCCACAAAGCAUUGUAUAUCAAUAAAGACCACAAUAUAUCUAAACUAAAACAAUAAAAACCAAGCAACUCCA